AUGAGCCUGGACCGCGAGCUCCGCCAGCUGAGCAAGGCCAAAGCCAAGGCCCAGAGCAGCGGGCAGCUGCGGGAGGAAGCCGCGCUCUGCCAUCAGCUGGGAGAGCUGCUGGCCAGCCAUGGCCGCUACCUGGAGGCCCUGCAGGAGCAUCAGCAGGAGCUGCGGCUGCUCGAGAGCGCGGACGAUCCCCUGGGCUGCGCCGUGGCCCACCGGAAGAUCGGGGAGCGGCUGGCGGAGAUGGAGAACUACUCAGCUGCCCUGCAGCACCAGCACCUGUACCUGGAGCUGGCCCGCUCGCUGUCCAGCCACACGGAGCUGCAAAGGGCCUGGGCUACCGUUGGCCGCACUCACCUGGACAUCUAUUACCACUGCCAGUCACAGGAUGACCUGCUGCAGGCGCGGGCUGCCUUUGAGAAGAGCUUGGCUAUCGUGGACGAGAAGCUGCAAAGGACGCUGUCCAAGCGAGAGCUCAGUGAGAUGAGGGCCCGGCUCUACCUCAACCUGGGCCUCACCUUCGAGAGUCUGCAGCAGACGGCCUUGUGCAGCGACUACUUCAAGAAGAGCAUCUUUCUCGCCGAGCAGAACCACCUGUACGAGGACCUGUUCCGCGCCCGCUACAACUUGGGCGCCAUCCACUGGCGCCGAGGGCAGCACUCCCAGGCCAUGCGCUGCCUGGAGGGCGCCCGGGAGUGCGCGCGCGCCAUGAGGAAGGGGUACAUGGAGAGCGAGUGCUGCCUGCUCAUCUCACAGGUCCUCCAAGACCUGGGUGAUUUUCUGGCUGCCAAAAGAGCACUGAAGAAGGCCUACAGGCUGGGCUCCCAGAAGCCUUUGCAGAAGGCAGCCGUGCGCCAGGCCCUCAAACAUGUGCUGGCGGUGGUCCAGCUGCAGCAGCGCCUGGAGGAGGCCGAGAGCAGCGACCCUCAGGGCGCCCUGGGCCUCUGCGAGCAGCUGGGGGACUUGUUCUCCAAGGCAGGCGACUUCCCCAAGGCGGCUGAGGCCUACCAGAAGCAGCUGGAUUUCGCGGAGCGGCUGGGCCGGCCAGGGCCUGAGCUGGCCGUCAUCCACGUGUCCCUGGCCACCACCCUGGGGGACCUGAAGGACCACCGCCGGGCUGUGCAUCACUACGAAGAGGAGCUGAGGCUGCGAGGUGGCAACACCCUGGAGGAAGCCAAGACCUGGCUGAACAUUGCGCUGUCACGCGAGGAGGCUGGGGACACGUAUGAGGAGCUGGAACCGUGCUUCCAGAAGGCUCUCUGCUGCGCCCAGAAGGCUCAGCAGCCCCAGUUGCAGAGGCAGGUCCUGCAGCAGCUCCAUGCCGUGCAGCUGAGGCUGCAGCCCCAGGCAGCCCCGGGCACUAAAGCCAGGCUGCAGGCGCUGUGUGUGGGCCAGAGCGAAGACGAGGAAGAGGAGGACGGGGAGGGAGACGAGGACAGCGGCCCCCUGGAGGCCAGCGACCUGGAGCUCUCGGACAGCGAGGAGGAGGCCGACCGCCAGUCCCCACAGCUGGAGGAGGAUGAGGAGCUGCAGGCCUGCCGGGGCCGUCGGCAGGCAAACAAGUGGAACCGACGCAAUGACGUGGGGGAGACCCUGCUGCACCGAGCCUGCAUCGAGGGCCAGCUGCGCCGCGUCCAGGACCUCGUGAGACAGGGCCACCCCCUGAGCCCCCGGGACUACUGCGGUUGGACACCCUUGCACGAGGCCUGCAACUACGGGCAUCUGGACAUUGUCCGCUUUCUGCUGGACCACGGGGCCGCGGUGGACGACCCAGGCGGCCAGGGCUGCGAGGGCAUCACUCCCCUGCACGAUGCUCUCAACUGCGGCCACUUUGAGGUGGCCAAGCUGCUCGUUGAACGGGGGGCGUCGGUCACCCUCCGAACUAAGAAGGGCCACAGCCCACUGGAGACGCUGCAGCAGUGGGUGAAGCUGUACCACAGGGACCUGGACGGUGAGACGAGAGAGAAGGCUGGCGCCAUGGAGAGGCUGCUUCGGGCGGCCUCCUCCGGCCGAGCUCCCCACAGCCCCCUGGCUCCCCGGUCCUUCCCAAGUGACCAUCUGUUUGACCCUGAGACCUCUCCUUCCUCGAGACCCAGCCCAGGACCCCCCGAGGCCUCUCAGGCCAGUACCGGGGUCUCGGGGGCACAGGCGGUGCCAGCCGCGGCCAGGCCUAGGAGGAGCAGGCACUGGCUGACCAGCAGCAGCAGCGGCGGCUCAGAGGGCGAGGACAGCCCAGGCCCACCGGGGCCAGCCCAGAAGAGACCUCGGCACGCGGCGCCGGCACAGCGAGCGCAGGCCUGGGUGCCUGGCCCGGUCGGCGCUCGGGAGGCGGCGGCGGCUGGCUGGGCGGCCAGCCAGGGGGGCAGUGCCCAGAGCUGCCGCCUGGGGCCUGGCCCGCCUCGGGGCCCAGGCGAGGCCCCCACCCCGCCGCCGGCACUGAUCCCCGAGGAGUGCCUGCCUGGGGCCUGGUUGGAGGAUGACCUGCUGACCCAUGGCCGCCAGGGCAGAGGGUACAGGAGCAGGCGCAGUUCCUCGGGAUCAAGCAGCGACGAGAGCCCCGUCCGGCAGCGGGCCCAGGCCAGGCAGAGCCAGCCACGCCGUCACGGCAGUCGGAGCGCAGCGGCCAGAGCACGCGGAGGCUGCAGUGCGGCCACGGAGCCCCCACGGAGCCCUGGCGUUCCCGGCGGGGACGGCCCUGCGGCAGGCCAGCCCUCGGGACCAGCCCUGCCCGCUGCCAUCCGGGUUCGGGUUCGCGUGCAGGACAACCUUUUCCUCAUCCCCGUCCCACACAGCACGGAGGCCCACUCUGUGGCCUGGCUGGCCGAACAGGCCGCCCAGCGCUACUACCAGGCCUGUGGGCUGCUGCCGAGGCUCACCCUACGCAAGGAAGGGGCCCUGCUGGCCCCACAGGACCCCAUCCCCGAUGUGCUGCAGAGCAACGAGGAGGUGCUGGCCGAGGUGACCUCGUGGGACCUCCCCCCGCUGAGCGACCGCUACCGCAGGGCCUGCCAGAGCCUGGGGCAGAGGGAGCACCCGCAGGUGCUCCAGGCCAUGGAGGGCCAGGGCUUGGGGCCCUCGUUCCGCGCCUGCUCCCUGGCCCUGCGCCCAGCCCAGCUCACGCCUGUGCUGCGGGCCCUCAAGAUGCACUCGGUGCUCCGGGAGCUGCGCCUGGCGGGGAACCGGCUGGGGGACGGCUGUGUCACCGAGCUGCUGGCUGCCCUGAGCACUGUGCCUGGCCUGACUGUCCUCGAUCUCUCUUCCAAUCACCUGGGCCCCGAAGGCCUGUGCCAGCUCGCCAGGGGCCACCUGGGACAGGCCACCUUGCAGAACUUGGAGGAGCUGGACCUAAGCAUGAACCCCCUUGGGGACGGCAGUGGCCCGGCCCUGGCCUCUGUCCUGCAGGCCUGCCCCGCGCUCGGCGCUCUGCGCCUCCAGGCCUGUGGCUUCGGUCCCAGUUUCCUCUCAAGCCACCAGGCAGCCCUGGGCCGUGCCUUCCAAGAUGCCAAGCACCUGAAGACACUGUCCCUGUCCUACAACACCCUGGGCGCCGCGGCCCUGGCCCAGACGCUGCAGAGCCUGCCCGCCCAGGCCCUCCUGCGCCUGGAGCUCAGCUCCGUGGUGGCCGGCAAGAGCCCCUCAGGCCUCGUGGGGCCCGUGGUCAGGUACCUGACCGAGGAAGACUGUGCUCUGGGGCACUUGGACCUGUCUGCAAACCACCUGGGCGACAAGGCAGUGAUAGAGCUCAGCAGAUGUCUCCUUCGGUGCCCCCCACUUGUCUCGCUGGACCUGUCUGCCAACCCCGAGAUCAGCUGUGCCGGCCUGGAGGAGCUCCUGCGUGCCCUCCAGGAGCGGCCCCAAGGCCUGAGCUUCCUGGGCCUGGCAGGCUGUGCUGUCCAGGGCCCCCUGGGCCCGGCCCUCUGCGACCAGAUCGCCGCGCGGCUGCAGGAGCUGCGACUGUGCAGCAGGCGGCUCUCUGCCGAGGACCGGGACGCCCUGCGCCAGCGGCUGCCCAGCCAGCCGGGCCCCGGCGCCCGCACGCUGGACCGAGGCGCCAAGCUCUUCUUCCGGCGCCUCUGA